CAGUUCAAAAUAGUUUGGCACGUGCUCGAGGCGGAGAUUGUCAUACGUGUACUUUUACGUUGUGCUCACGUUCGUAACAACACUAAUGAUCGAUAUAUUACGUUAUAUCUUGGUGAACAUUACGAAAGAAUUUAAUAGCUUGUUUCAUUCUUUUUCCUAUAUGAAUUAGAAUGACAAGUAAAAAAGGACACACCCUUCGAAUUGAAUCAGAAAUCGAUAAAAACCGUGAGGAGGGAAAUUGGAAAAAGGUUAUAGAAUUGGCGGAACACCUGAAAGUACAGUACCCAAGUAAUGAAUGUUUAGCAAAUUUUUUAUGUGGUGAAGGAAGAUUAGAAAGCUUUUUGGAACAAACACCACCUAUUGAUGCUAAUAUUGUAAAAGCUAGAAAUGGGUUGCAAGAAACUAGAAGGUAUUUAAUUCUUGCAGCAAAUGAAAAAGAUAAACAGGCUUUGGUUGUAUUAGAUGCACAUUUACUACUUGGAAAAUUGCACUAUGCAAUGGGAAUGUAUGAAGAGGCACUUCAGCAUUAUCAACAAGCUGAGUUACACACACUUACAGAAAAACCAUUACCUUGUAGAAGUCUACGCAUAAUUGCAGAAUCAUAUGCAAUUAAAGACACAAAGAAACAUUUAUCCAGCCGAAGACUGCGUAUUAUUGCUGAGUCAUACACAAUUGAAGGUCUUUGUCUGGAAAAAUUGCCACCAAAUUCUAAAUCGAAAUAUAAAAUAGCAGAAUGGCAAGAACAGAUCAUCAAAUGCUACGAAAUUGCUGGAGACCUGACAUUGGUGUAUUUACAAGAACAAGACAAACUUGCAAUGCAACAUCAAAAUGGCACAUCUACCGUAAAUAGUAACAAUACAGGUACAUGUUCUUCUCAGUCUUCCUUUUGUUCUACAAAACAUAUUGGGCCAAUUUUGGAAACUGCACUACAAAGGGCACCCAUAUUAUACAUUCAGAUUGGUAAUAUUCAAGGUGCAAUAAAUCGUUACAGGGAAAUUUUAUCUGCUGUGGAAUCUACAACAACUCAAAGUCUUAGAGUCACUUUAACAAGACAAUUGGCAGAAGUAUUAAUUCGAGGAAUUAGUGGUGCUGAAUACAAAGCUCCAGAUGCACCAAGUGAAGCAACAGGUUCACCAUGGAAGCCAAAGAAGUAUUUAGGCCCUAAUAUGUUUGUGCCAAGAAAUGAAUAUGAAGAAACGAUCUUAUUAUUACUAAUAAGUGAAGCUAUGGCAGUAAGAGAUGCUGUGCUUAGUCAAUCUCCGGAAUUUAAAGAUGCAAGAAUACAUGCUUUCGAAAAUGCCACUGCAGUAUAUGAUCUUCUCACAGAAGUUGUUGUGAGAUGGAGUCAAGUAGAUUUGUUAUAUGAGUCAUUUGAAAGAGCAAUGAAAUUCUCUCAUGAAGAAGCACAUGUGUGGACUCAAUGUGCAUUAUGUUUAAUUAGUAUGGGCAGAUAUAUGCAUGCAUAUAGGGUUUUAAAAGUGGUAGCGAGGUUAUCGCCGCAAAAAGCAAUGCCCUGUCUUUUAGCCGCAAGAUUAUGCUAUGAACAAUUAAAUAUGAUAAAAAAGGGUAUUGAGUGGAGUCAAAACGCACUUCAAAGAGAAACAACAAAUUCACAAGGAAUGCAAUCGAGAUGUCAUCUCUAUAUUGGAAUUGGUCACAGUAUUCUUGCUGCAAACACUAUAGUAAAAAUGGAUAAAACUUACCAUACUAAAACAGCUUUAGAAUGUUUUCAAAAGGCGCAACAAUGUGAUCCAAAUGAUCAUUUGGCUGAAUAUUAUUUAGCUCACGAAUAUGCAAUUAACAGACAAAUUAACGACGCAAUGAUUCAUGUAAAAAUUGCACUGAAUCUUCGGGCAGAACACAUUCCAUCAUUGCAUUUAUUGGUACUAUUACUGUCGGCUCAUAAGCAAUAUUCAGAAGCGUUGCAUUUAAUAAACAGUGUAUUAGAAGAAUAUCCGGAUAAUUUAAAUUUUCUUUAUGUAAAAGCGCAUCUCGAAUUGCGAAGUAUCGGUGGUGAGCAAGCAUUGUUUACUAUAAGACAUAUGCUUUUACUUUGGAAAAAUCUAUAUGAAGACCAAACCAAUGCGAAUUGUAAUGAACAGCACAGUGAAAAACGCAGCGAAACUAGAAGUGUCUUUCAACUGUAUACUUCUGAAAUGUCUGAUAAAGAUUCUAGUUCUUUGCACGCACAAUCAUUAGCUGCUUCAAGAGUGGAACAAGCUUUAUCUGAGGUCGCAUCUUCUCUUAGUUCUUUCACUCCAAAACCUGGGCCACAAAGAGCAUGGCUAUUACAGUUACAGGUCUGGUUAUUACUUACUGAAGUGUAUUUAGUUUUAGACCAACCAAAUGGUGCUGUUCUUUCUUUACAAGAAGCCACAAAUAUUUUUCCACUGAGCCAUCAUAUCAUGUAUAUGCGAGGUCUCCUUCAUGAAUAUAAAUUGGAAUAUAUUGAAGCAAAGCAAUGUUAUCAGAAUGCAGUUUCAAUUAAUCCAUCACACGUCAAAAGUUUACAACAUUUGGGUCUGAUUUAUCAUUACUUGGGAAGUCAAAGGUUAGCUGAAAAAACAUUAAGGGAUGCUGCAAAAAUCGAUCCAAAUUCUCACCAAACAUGGUACUAUUUGGAAAAGGUGUUGGAAUCCUUAGGUGAAGUAGAAGCAGCAAGUGAUUGUAUGGCUACAGCACUGGAAGUAGAAACAACAAACCCUAUAUUACCAAUACUCUCGAUACCAGUAACUUUCGAAUGAUUCAAAAUUAUAAUUGUUUAAAUCAAGAUUAAGGAAAGAUCACAAUUUAUUC